AAAGUUAACAACUAGUUUCGUUUCAGUCGACGGUAGCAAUCGUGUAGUUGAUGAUUUAAGUGCGCCAAAGAGCCGUUGAGCAAACAACAGAUUUUAAAUUAUUUAAAAAAUCAAAAAAAAAAAAUUGAAAAACAAAACAAAUAACAAUUUGCAGUGUUGUGUUUACUUUUAAUAUUAUAAAAAAUGUACAAAUUUGUUUUUGUGGCCAUCGUGGCUUUGGCAGCCGUGCAGAUCCAGCAGAAUGAUGCGUUCAUCAUUCUUUCGAAAAAUGUUGCUGCCGCCCCAGCCCCAGCCAGUUCUGCCGCUCCUGCAGCACCCGCCUUGGACCCCAACGCGCUUAUUCAGGGUUUAACUAAUGCUGUGACAGCCAAGAUCCAGACAGUUACGCAAGUGGUUGGCGGUUUGGUGCAGGCCAAGACUAAUCUGAAGCAGAAUUUGCUAAGGAACGUAUUGAAUAAGGUUAGCAGCGCCAGCGCCGCUCUGCCCAAGCCCGCUUUCAUCACGAAAACCAUUCGCAUACCCGUGCUGGUCAAAGGUGGCGCCGCCCCAGCCGCUCCAGCUGCUCCCGCCACGCCUGUUGCCACCACCGCUGCAGCUGUACCAGAGCCUGAGGCAACUACGACGGCAGCCCAAUCGGCUGGUUACUCCUACGGUCACAGACACCGUCACUAAACGCAUGCAUACAAUUAUGUAUUUAAGUACUUAAGUUGGUACCUAAGUUGAGCUGAGAAUUUAUGUGCUAUACAAAGAAUUAAUCUGUAGGAAGUUAAAAUUAAAAAUUUCACAAAUUUACGAAAUAUUUUACGACUAUAUUUGUAUAAAUAUGAAUUUAACGAUUAUUGGAAAUAAAAUUUAUAUUUUUUAGUUAA